AUGAAAUAAAGAGAGAGAUCACACGCAUAUCUGUAUAAAUAAAUUUGUAAGAACUUAAAUGUUCAUUUUUCAACAAGUUUACUUAAUGGGAUUUAGGAGACCGAAAUUGUUAUACAUUUGGACCAAAUCAGUUAAUAGGGUAAAAACAUCAAGAUUGAAUAGAUAUUGAGCCUCUAUCUUUACUGUUAUCUUAAUGCAAAUUUAAGAGGAUUACAUUGAAAACUAUUUAGAAGAACCUGAAAUUAAACAAAUCAAUGGCUACAGAUAAUUAUAAAUUAGAAUUGCUUGAACUUUUGAGAGUGAUUACAAAGUUAUUUACGAAAAGCUUGGAUGUUGUCACUUUAGUUAUUCGAGAUAUUAGAAUGAAUAGUGAACAUAUGUAGAUAAUUGCUUAAGGAAUAGCAGUAGUUUAAUCUUUAAAGGAAUUACAUAUAAUAUAAUGUUUGAUGACUUCUAAUCAUUUUAGCAUUCUCUAGCCAUCUCUAAUAUAAAACUCAUCACUUCAUAUAUUAGAUUUCUCUCAUAAUUAUUUAACACAUUAAAUUGGAGUUUAGUUGGGUUAAUUACUAUAAGAACAUGGUAAACGAAGAGAUAAUGUAGAAUAUCUAUAUAGAACUAAAGGGGAAUGUCCUGAAGAGGAUAUUUCAAAAAUAGGAAUAGGGGAGUUAAAUUUAUCAUAUAAUAAGUUAAAUGAUUAAUUUGUAAAAGACAUUGCACCAUUUUUAGAAAGAGAUAGAUGGGUUAAAUCAAUAAAUCUUAAGUACAAUGCAAUUUAGAAGGAUGGUUUUGAGAUUUUAAUUGAAUUGCUUGAUAAAAAUUCAACAAUUACAAGUUUGGAUAUAAGGAGAAAUUUAGGAACUACAUCAUAAUUAUAGAAGGAAGUAUUUAAAAAAUUGAUAAGGAAUAAAAAUAUAAAGAAUGAUAUUUAAUAAUAAAGAAUAGAUGAUGAUAAUGGAAAUAUUUCUGUUAAUGUUUCAGCUAUACCUUAAAAUUUACAAUCUGUAAUAUCAGAUUAAGAAAGUCCUGUAAUGUCUUUUGGAGUGUUUGAACCUAAUAAUUUAACUAAGCAAAUGUCUAUUUCAGGUAGACAAGAUUAAUUGAAAUUUAAAUCUGGAUUUAAAAAUAAUGAUUCUGGUUGUUCAGAUUGUAAUCGUUUAUAAAUAAAAUCUAAAAAAUAGUAACAAAUAAUUCAAUUACUGAAAUAAGAAGUUUAAUUUUUAAGAUUUCAAAUGCAAAAUAAAUAAUCGUUACCUUAAUAAUAAUAAGAAGAAUAAUAAUAAUAAUAAUAAGUAAUAAAUGAACUGAAUUUCUCUGAAAAUAAUCAUAACCCUCCUGUUUAAGAGUUAGAGUAGGAAGAUAUGGUAAAUAAGAUUGAAUAUAUGAUGAAUGAUUUAACUAGAAUGAUGGAUGGUUUAGAUGCUUAAGGUAGUGUUACAAAUAAUCUUAAUGCUCAUUUAUCUAGUACAUUGAUAGGAUAAGAUUAUACAAGGGUAAUUCUGGAAAGAGAAGAUAGAGCGAAUGAUUUAAUGAAUAUUCUAGGAGAUAAUAGUCAUAAUAACUUAUCAUAAUCUUCAGAUGAAGAAUAGAAGUGACAUUUACUUUUUAUUUAUAUAUAUAA